UUGGGCCUUAUCGGCCGUGACGGCCCAUUACAACUCAGCGCGCCUAUGGACUCCACCAUUCUAGGGUUCCUGGAUAUAAGAAAACCUUCUCUCCUCCCGAACUCCUCCACGCCGCCGCCGCCGCCGCCACCUCGCCGCUGCUCCGACCGGUCGAAGAUGGCGGUUCCAUUGCUGACGAAGAAGAUCGUGAAGAAGCGGGUGAAGCAGUUCAAGAGGCCGCACAGCGACCGCUACAUUGGCCUCAAGACAAGCUGGCGCAGACCAAAGGGUAUUGACUCACGUGUCAGGAGGAAGUUCAAGGGAUGCACAUUGAUGCCCAAUAUUGGAUAUGGUUCGGACAAGAAGACCAGGCAUUACCUGCCCAACAAGUUCAAGAAGUUUGUGGUGCACAACGUCUCAGAGCUGGAGCUGCUUAUGAUGCACAACAGGAUGUACUGUGCUGAAAUUGCUCAUAAUGUGUCCACGAAGAAACGCAAGGAGAUAGUGGAGCGCGCUGCUCAGCUUGACAUUGUCGUCACCAACAAGCUUGCCAGGCUACGCAGCCAGGAGGAUGAGUAGUUAUUUUGGACUUGGUUUUUGCCUGCAGUAGACUUGCACAUCAUGAAUAUUGUUCUACGUAUUUGUUUACAUCAGGAUCCGAAUAUUCUGAGAGCAAUUUGCUAUCUGGAAUUAUUUGUGACUCUGGCAAUGUAUGAUUGCCAUAUUACUAUUUUGAGUAUAGCAAUUAUGACGUGAAAGAAAUGUCGUUGUUUAAUGAAUGUUGAAAAAUAUAUUUCCAUGAAUGCCCUGUCACUUU